GCGCGGCGGCUCCGGGCAGGGCCCGGCCCCCCCCGCGCCGCCGCCGCCGCCGCCGCCGCCGCCCCGCUCCGGCCCCGCCGCCCCCGCCCCGCCAUGCUGCGGCCGCCCGGCGAUGCCUGUGGCUCGUGGCUCCGCUGAUCCGCUGGCGUCUCCAGCUCGCGCUGUCCCCCAUGGGCUCGCCAGUGUCAUUUGUCCUCUCCAGGAUGGCGGCCUGCGGGGGGGCCGCUAAGAACAAGGUGACGGUCUCCAAGCGGGUGUGGGACUUCUUGACCAAGGAGAGCCCGGCCAAGCUGGCCCGCCUGAAGGAGGAGACCAAGGUCAGCAUCAUGGUGGAUGGUGAGACCUCCGACAUCUACGUCCUGCAGCUCUGCGUGCCCCCCCCCGGCCCCCCCGGGGGGCUCUGCCCGGCCCGUAAAGCCCUCAAAGCUUUAUUGAAGGAAACGGAGAAAGAGUUGAAGAAAAAAACUCAACGUCACGGCGAGUUGGUGGGUUGUGUCACCGUCCUGGAGCCCGGCGGGGCCGGUUUGGGGGGCCGGGGGUCGACGGGGGGCCGCGGCGGCGGGUCGGCGGCGGCAGCCGGUUGUUCGCGGGAUGAGGAACCCGACCGGCAGUGUCCCAUCUGCCUGGGGGAGAUCCAGAAGAUGAAGACGUUGGAGAAAUGCCGACAUUCCUUCUGCGAGGACUGCAUCACCCGGGCGCUGCAGGUGAAGACGGCCUGUCCCAUGUGCGGGCGCUUCUAUGGGCAACUGGUGGGCAACCAGCCCCCCAACGGGCGCAUGCUGGUCACCAGGGACGCCGGCCUCCUCCUGCCCGGCUACGAGAAGUUCGGCACCAUCAUCAUCCAGUACGUCUUCCCGCCCGGCGUCCAAGGGGUGGAGCACCCCAACCCGGGGGUGCGGUACCCCGGCACCACGCGCGUCGCGUACCUGCCCGACUGCCCCGAGGGCAACAAGGUGCUGGGGCUGUUCCGCAAGGCCUUCGACCAGCGCCUCACCUUCACCGUCGGCACCUCCAUGACCACCGGCCGCGCCAACGUCAUCACCUGGAACGACAUCCACCACAAGACCAACUGCACCGGCGGGCCCCAGCUGUUCGGAUACCCCGACCCCACGUACCUCGCCAGGGUGCAGGAGGAGCUGCGGGCCAAGGGCAUCACUGAGGACUGAGCCUGGGGGGCGGCGAGGACCCCCCCGGGCAGCAGGACCCCCCCGGCUGGCAGCUGCUGCCCGUGCCGGGGGCACAAGGAGCGUGCCAGGGCCUGCCGAGGGGGGGGCACGGUGCCACGCAGCCCCCCCACACCCUGGCACGGACGGACAGACGGUGUCACUCUGUACAUACCCCCCACAGCCCCCCCAGGACAGACAGACAGGCUGGGGGGGGUCCUGUGCCCUCUGCACUCCCCCCCCCCCAGCCCCACAGCGGGUCGGUGCCCCCGGGGGGGCGGGGGGUUAAUUUAUUUUUUAUUUCUAUCCCCCCCCGCCCCCCCCCCCCCCCGCUCUGUAACUUUGAUCCAAUAAAAAUAUGCAACACUG